UUCCUGUCGGGUCUCCAUUGUCGUUGGGGCCUAGCACCAUGGAGCAGACUCCAACCGGAACGACCCGGGGGCUCCAGUCACGGAGCCUGCGGACUCACCAUCGUGGGGCUGGCCGAGUUCGGAACGGGAGGAGCUGUGGUGGGGCGCGGCUACGCACCGACCUCAGAGCUUCGGAUGCUCCAGCCGCAGGUCCGAUGGACGGUAACACCGGGAGCUCGCGGGCCCCUGAUGGGAGACCGCUUUUCGGAGCUUCCGCAACGGCAACUUCUCCCUCCCGAGUUGCGGGGUUGAACAUGACCUAGAGUGGGGCCUUACAUCGCCUGGCGUGGCCUUAAUGGCCGCGGGUCUUAUUUAUCAUCGCCCGCCGGGGGCUUUGACUUUGACAUCGGGAGGAGAAUGGGGAGUGCAGGGUAGAGAUAAGACUUUGCCUUCCAUCACAGUGAGGAAGAGAUUCACUGUGAUGGAUGUUUGUGUAAAUUGUAUUGUGUCUUGGUUCUUUUCUUGAUGUAUGACUGCAGAAACCAAAUUUCAUUUGAACUUCAAUGAGGUUCAAAUGACAACAAAUAAAUUGUAUUGUAUUGUAUUGUAUUGUAUUGUAUUGUAUUGUAUUGUAUUGUAUCAAGAAUGGGGAGAUAUAUGUCAGAGAUAGUCCAGGUGAAUUUGAGGGUAAGGUGGAAAUUAAUGGUGAAGUUAUUGAAAUCCAUUAGUUCUGCACGGGUGCAGGAGGCAGCCCUGAUGCAUUCAUUGAUGUAUUGGAGAAAGACUUGGGGAAUAGGGCCAGUGUACGCAUGAAACAAGGACAGUUCAACGUAAGCAAUAAAAAGGCAGGCAUUGCUGGGUCCCAUGCAAAAUUAAUUUGUAGAAGGACUGGGCAUCCAUGGUGAUGAUGAGGCAAUGGGGGCCUGGAAAUUGAAACUUAUUAAAGAGUUGAUAAGCAUGUGAGGUGUCUCGGACAUAAGUGGGAAGGGACGACACAAAAGGGGAUAGGAUGGAAUCGAGGUAUGUGUAGAUUAGUGCAGUGGGGCAGGAGCAGGCAGGGACGAUGGGUCUGCCAGGGCAUUCCUGUUUGUGGGAGGAGCUAGAAACGGGCCGUGCGGGGCUGGAGAACGAAACGGUUGGAGGCUGUGAAGGUUAGAUCAGCAGAGGUGAUGAAGUCAGUGACAGUCUGGGAGAUAAUGGCCUGGUGUUCAUCUGUGGGGGUGUUGAUCAAGGAUGUAUGAGAGCAGGUGCCUGGCCUCAGCACUCAGCAGUGAGGUGUAUCCUAAGAAAAACAUGGACGAUUUUUGGUGAGCAAUAUGAUUAGCCAUGAAAUGAAUACACACUCGCUGUUUCUCUCCUGGCAGCUGCUUCCACCACUGCUAGAUAAAGAACAUAGAACAACACAGCACAGGAACAGGCCCUUUGGUCCACAAUGUCCAUGCUGAACAUAAAGUCAAGUUAAAUUCCUCUAUCUGCACGUAAUCCAUAUCCCUCCAUUCUCUGCAUAUUCAUGUGUCUGUUUGGUGUACAGGGUCUUGGUGAGACCAAACCUGGAGUAUUGCGUACAGUUUUGGUCUCCUAAUCUGAGGAAAGACAUUCUUGCCAUAGAGAGAGUACAGAGAAGGUUCACCAGACUGAUUCCUGGGAUGGCAGGAUUUUCAUAUGAAGAAAGACUGGAUAGACUCGGCUUGUACACGAUAAAAUUUAGAAGAUUGAGGGGGGAUCUUAUAGAAAUUUACAAAAUUCUUAAGGGGUUGGACAGGCUAGAUGCAGGAAGAUUAUUCACGAUGUCGGGGAAGUCCAGAACUAGGGGUCACAGUUUAAGGAUAAGAGGGAAGUCUUUUAGGACCAAGAUGAGAAAAUCAUUUUUUACACAGAGAGUGGUGAAUCUGUGGAAUUCUCUGCCACAGAAGGUAGUUGAGGCCAGUUCAUUGGCCAUAUUUAAGAGGGAGUUAGAUGUGGCCCUUGUGGCUAAAGGGAUCAGGGGGUAUGGAGAGAAGGCAGGGAUGGGAUACUGAGUUGGAUGAUCAGCCAUGAUCGUAUUGAAUGGCGGUGUAGGCUCGAAGGGCCAAAUGGGUACUCCUGCACCUAUUUUCUAUGUUUCUAUGUUUCUAAAAGCUUUUUAAAUGCCACUAUGGUAUCUGCCUUCGCCACUACCCCCAGCAGCUGUUCGGGCUGUUAAAAAAAACUUAAUCGCCACAUCUCUUUCAGCACCUGUUUUACAUAUUCUGUUUUAUUUUUGUUUCACCAAAUAUGACAACUUGCAUUAAAAUAUAGGGCUUUUAACCUGGCAAAAAUAUCUUAAGGCUUUCAGAGAAGCUUUAACAAACAACAUAUGAGGAAGUGCUACAUGUUUGGGCAGAUGAUCAACAUAUUGGUCAAAUAGGCAGGAGCAUACUAAAGGAAAGAGACGCAGGUGAGAUGGAGGGGCACGGGGAGAUGAGGAGACAAGAACAUUGGUGUGAUUUCUCGGAGUUUAUAACAUUAUUGACAAGCUAAUGAUAUUUGCUUGAAUAUUUAGUGACUAUUUUGGGCACGGACCCAUGCAGUAAAGCGGAUGUGCUUGUUUAAAAUUAUAAUUAGCUGACAUGGAAAAUGUAAAUAUUUGGAAAGUUUAUCACCCUAGACAUUGUAACUGAAUAAACGGCUUGACAACACUGCUUGACAAUCCUGUGGUAUACUUGGAGAACACAGACACAGGUUAAGCAUGCCUUUACUGCUCCAGGCAAAAGCAACUUUUCCAGGCAAGAUCGCCCCCCAUCCCCAAGUCAGGUCCCAAAGUUACCGCCGCAGAUUCGUUCGGUCAGUCAACAAUAACACUGGAAGAGUUGGCUACAUACUGAUAAAGUGAUCAUACAAAUAAACAGACAUUUUGAAUGACAUAAUUGCCAUUAUGAAUCCAUUCAUACAAAUGACACCCGGCCAAAGCAAAGAAACAAACAAACGCAAAAGCAUUCCAAGUUAUUUAAUUAUAAGAUCGCGGAAGUGUAACAAGCGGGAUGCAUUAUUGAAGGCAGUGAAUUCUUACUUGUGAAACUUGCGCCAACCCUCUCAAAGCCGUAAGUUAAUGAAUAACGAGCCUCGUGUACCACAUAAUAAAUAUUCAUUUAAACUGGGAAUUAACUCAAACGCAUCUGCCGUGCCCGGGAAUUGGUGCACCAACCCAUAUAUUCUGAGUUUGAUAUCACUUGAAACGACUGCAGAUUUAACAGGGUUAAAUGAUUUGCUUUAUUGAAGCUUGCAAGGGGAAAGUGAAGCCUACACCCAGUUUUUUUCUCCCCUUUUUGAUCUGGAGGGAUGUGUUGAAUUCAACGCUCGCACGUCUCACGACAUCUCUGGUCUGUGGUGAGGUCUAGCGAAAGGUGCAGCGCGGACACCGCGGGGUGGCAGAUGCACAGUCACCGCAUUCACCAGCCCGUGGAAGCGGGCAACUCCCCGGGGCGAGAUGGUGCAAAUCUUGGCACCAAUUGGCUAAUUCAAUUCAGUUCCACUGCAUUCGCCCUGUCGGAAUAUUCAUGAGGCGGAGAGUGAGUACCACUGCUGCUGAGAGAGAAGCGUGCAAUAAAGAAGAGAGCGAGCGGGGAGACUGCAAGACUUUCGACAAGCAAAAGCCAUGUAGAAAAAGUUUCUCGCCUGCAUAUUCUGAGGCAUCGCUCGUCAACAAAAGCUUGCAUUUUCUCCGAAGAGCUUUCGACGCAACUUUUCUGAAGAGUGCUUAUUUAUUAAACUGCAGGGGGGCAGCGAGGCUGGGGAAGGUUUCGAGGUGUGAAAAUUGACGCGUUGACAGGACUGCGAGGUCUGAAACCGAUGAAGAUUUCCAGAAUUCGUUGGAGGGAAGCCUUUAUUUUCCUGGCAAUCAAUUGAAAAUUUCUAUUCUGAUAUCAACCACCUCAUCCUAAAACUCGAUAAAGAUAUCUGACCAAAGACUGUCACACCUACUUUCCAAAAACAGUUUGCAAAGUCUCAGCCCUUUCCCUUUUAUUAUUCACUCACGUUAAUUCUUAUAACGAUCGGCUGUGUUCAUUUGCAAUAUAAUGGGCUAUAAGUAUUUCCAGGGGUCAUGCCUAUUUCUGUGUCUAGUUGAUUUAGUGCAAGUACUGAAGGUGCAGCUAGCAUAUGAGAUGGAGUAUAGCCAACACGAUAAAUUGCUGCAUCAUCGUGUGAAGAGAGGUUGGGUAUGGAACCAGUUUUUUGUGUUAGAAGAAUACACUGGAACAGAACCAUUGUACGUUGGCAAGCUUCAUUCAGACAUGGACAAAGGAGAAGGGUCUGUCAGAUACAUCCUCUCUGGCGAUGGAGCAGGUUCUGUUUUCACAAUCGAUGACAACACUGGAGACAUUCAUGCAGUACAGAGAUUGGAUCGGGAAGAGAAAUCUCACUACACUCUGCGUGCACAAGCCUUGGACAGAUGGACUGGUAGACCAAUGGAGCCAGAGUCUGAAUUCAUCAUAAAGAUCCAGGAUAUCAAUGACAAUGAACCAAAGUUCCUCGAUGGGCCUUACAUAGCCAGUGUUCCUGAAAUGUCUCCAAUAGGUACAUCGGUGAUACAACUCACAGCGAGUGAUGCUGAUGAUCCCACCUAUGGAAACAGUGCACGAGUGGUUUAUAGCAUUCUACGGGGGCAACCAUACUUCUCAGUGGAAGCAAGGACAGGCAUCAUCAGAACAGCCUUAUCAAACAUGGACAGAGAGGUUAAAGAUGGAUACCAAGUGGUUGUACAAGCCAAGGACAUGGGUGGACAAAUGGGGGGAUUAUCAGGGACAACGACUGUAAACAUCACCCUCAUAGAUGUCAAUGACAAUCCUCCUAGAUUCCCUCAAAAGCUGUAUCAGAUGAGUGUGAUGGAGUCAGCAGUGGUUGGUUCAGCGGUGGGAAGAAUUCUCGCAAAGGACGCAGAUGAGGAGCAAAAUGCAGAACUGAGUUACAGCUUCAUCGAUGGUGAUGGGAAGAAUGUUUUUGAGAUCAUCACAGAUGAAAGUAACCAAGCUGGGAUUAUCACCAUCAAGGAGCCGUUAGAUUUUGAAACCAAGAGCAGUUACAUGUUGACUGCGGAGGGCACCAACACCCACCUGGACCUUCGCUUUCUGAACUUCGGUCCAUUCCGAGAUACAGCCAGGGUGCAUCUGACGGUCGAGGAUGUGGACGAGCCUCCACAGUUUGAUUCUCCCAACUACAUGGUGGAGGUGUACGAAGAUGUCACCGUAGGGACCACUAUCCAAGUAGUCUCGGCAAAGGAUCCAGAUGCAGCCAACAACUCAGUCAGGUUUUCAAUUGAGCGAUCCACCGAUCCCACCAGAUCCUUUUAUAUUGACAUCGCCUCAGGAGCUCUAAUGACCGCAAAGUCACUGGACCGAGAACAUCUUUCAUGGCACAACAUCACAAUCCUAGCAAUGGAAAUGAAGAAUCCCACACAAAUCGGGAGUGUUUCAGUCACAAUUAAAGUGCUUGACAUCAAUGACAAUCCACCGGUGUUCGUGAGAGAUCAUGAAGCCUACAUCUGUGAAAACGCUAAACCUGGUCAGUUGAUUCAAGUGGUCAGUGCAGUGGAUCCGGAUAAUCCUCAAGGGGGCCAUCACUUCUACUACAGCUUGGUUCCUGAGGCAGCCAACAACCCAAACUUUACAGUGCGUGACAAUCAAGAUAAUACUGCCUGGAUCCUGACCAGAGGGGGAGGAUUCAACCACCAAGAACAGGGCACCUACUACCUGCCCAUUCUCAUUGCAGAUGAUGGCCUUCCAAUGCUAAGCAGCACCAGCACGCUGACAAUUCGCAUAUGUGGCUGUGAUACAGAUGGAAAUGUUAGGUCCUGUAACGUCGAAGCCUACAGCCUUCCCAUCAGCCUGAGCAGAGGGGCACUGAUAGCAAUUCUUAGUUGUAUCUUCAUCUUGUUGGUAUUGAUACUGUUUAUUUUAACAAUGAGAAAACACAAGAAGCAGUCCCUUAUUGUUGAUGAUGAAGAAAACGUCCAUGAAAACAUUGUGCGAUACGAUGAUGAGGGUGGAGGAGAGGAGGACACGGAGGCCUUUGACAUUGCUGCCUUGUGGAAUCCCAGGGAAGUUCAUCUGACAAAGUCCCGGAGGGACAUGCUGCCAGAGAUUGAGAGCCUGUCCAGGUACGUGUCGCAGUGCAGAGCAAGCGAUGACAAUGUCAACAACUACAUUCUAGCAAAGCUGCACGAUGCCAACACCGACUCCUCUGCACCCCCUUUCGAUUCCUUACAGACUUAUGCAUUUGAGGGGACUGGCUCGGUGGCGGAAUCGCUGAGUUCCUUUGAGUCGGCUACGACAGACUCCGACCUCAAUUACGAUUACCUCACAGAGUGGGGGCCUCGGUUCAAGAAACUGGCUGACAUGUAUGGAGGCCCCGAAAGUGCAGAAGACUCAUUGUAGCCAGCGAGUGGAGGGGGGGGGGGGGGCUAAUGAAUCUACGGCAACCUGUGUUCAGCAUGGAACUCUUUCCAUUUUGGUCAAAAAGCCCCAUCGUUGGGUUUGCACUGGGUUUAAGCAAACCACGUAAGAAAUACUGAGACUGCAGCCUUGGCAGCACAGACAUGCAGAACGUGUGACAGUAAGGACGGGAAAUAACCUGAAUCGCUAAAGUCAUUAUUUGCCUGUGGGGAAGGACAGAAAAUAAAACACAUUAAGGUGUCUCAGCCUCUGAGAAUAAAAGUGAUUACAUCUUUCUGCUGUAACACUGAAAUCUAUUCUAACACUGAGCGACAACCGUUCACUCACCACCCCUCCCCCAGCCUCUUAUGCAGAUGCAUUCUGAAAUCGGAAUGAAACUGACCUACAUUUGAGGCUUGCUUUUUCAUUUUGAAAACCCACAGUAAAUAUCUGUGCAGGAACAUUGUUUAUUAAUCAGGUCUCCACCGCAGUCGCCCUGUAAGCAGGUUUAUUUUUUAAUUUGGAAGUUUAUGCAAUGUCAUUCUGUGACCCAAUGAAUUGUUGAGCAAUGAUCAUGAGUUGUUUAAAUACAUGUCAAAAAAGGCCAGUGCCCUUAUAUGUGAAAUGAAAUCAUACAAACUGACAAUGUAGCAGUGCAUAAAUCUGUCUGAAAACCCAGCAACUUACAAGCUCUCCAUCUGAACACACAAAGGACGCUCAUAGCCUCAUGGAGAGAGUCCCUGCCCCCACCCAAUAUCUGUACAAUGUCAAAUAGGAAUCUGCUAUAGAAGCAAGUCUGAAUCUUUUUCUUCUUUAAAACUUGCUUUCCAUCCACAGUCAAAGCUUCAGAGUUCGUAAUUCUCAGCAGCAGGUCGGAGAAUGGAAUGGAAUCAUAAGCCUCAGAGAUGUCUUUUAAACACCAGCUUACUGAUGCUCUGAAUUCAAGACACCCAGAUCUUGGCUGAAUCAAAUGGUAGAAAGCAAUGGGGAUCAGAAAAAUACACAUUUUAAAAUGUAUCAGAAUAGAUUUUAUUUAAACAUAGGAUGCAAAAAUAAUGACAUUUAAAUCAGUGUGAAAAAUGUAAAUCGCAUUAUUUCCCUGACUGUGCAUGCUGUUAAAAGUACAGUAUAUUGGAAUCAGAUAACUGUAAAUAAUAAGCAAUGUUUAAAUGAAUUAUUGAUUCCACUGUCCCGGAUACAGGAGAUGUGUCUAAUGGUGGGUACUGGCUUUGAAAAUGGCUAUUAAUCUGUAUGAUGUGACUGGACCAGAUCACAGUUUGAAAACAAAAUGACUUAUUCUGGAUUUACGGAGCUCAUCAGAAUUAAGAGAUGUUUGGAACUGCUGCCUUUGGUUUUGUGUACUUGCUGUGUAGAGAUGGAACUGACUGCUUAUUGUGUUUUAUCUGUAUGGUGACCAUUGGAUUUCUAAAAGGUACAUUGAUUUAAAGGGAGAAUUGGUGACAACAUGCAUCUUUAACAACAAAAACUGUAUUUUCUUGUUUCUGGGAAGUUUUUGUACAUUUGUUAAUUUCUUAAAAAAAUGAAUAUUGAUGUGCUGCUUGUCAGGACAUUAGCAGUUGUUUUAAUAAAAGUAAGUGAAUCAUCAA